AUGGAUCUAGAGCAACAAGUGUACAUGAAAGGAGGCCAUGGAGAAGAAAGUUAUGCAAAUAACUCAUUGGUUCAGGGAAAUGUGAUUUUUUCUACAAAGCUCAUAAGAGAGGAAGCCAUAACUAGCCUAUAUUCCACCGCACUUCCUAGGAGCCUUGCAAUUGCAGACAUGGGUUGUUCUUCUGGACCAAACACUUUAUCAGUGGUGACAGAAAUUAUCAAGGUUGUGGAAAAACUUUGUAAAAAACUCGAUCAUUCGUCUCCCGAAUACAAAGUAUAUUUGAAUGAUCUUGCAGGAAAUGAUUUCAAUGACGUCUUUAAGUCACUUGACAACUUCAAAGAGAAUCUAUCUGCUGAAAUCAAAAGUGAAAUUGGCAAUUGCUAUUUCUUUGGAGUACCCGGUUCUUUCUAUGGUAGAGUUUUUCCAGAUCGGAGUCUGCAUUUCGUUCAUUCCUCUUAUAGUCUUCAUUGGUUAUCAAAGGUUCCUGAGGGUGUAAACGAUAAUAAAGGUGCUAUUUACAUCCAAAGCACAACUCCUUCAAAUGUUAUCAAAGCUUACUAUGAGCAAUUUCAAAGAGACUUUUCACUUUUCAUCAAGUCUCGAGCAGAGGAAAUAGUUGAAGGGGGUGCCAUGGUUCUAACUUUUUUGGGAAGAAAAGGUGAUGACCCAAGAAGUAAGGAUUGUUGCUUCAUUUCAGAGCUUUUUGCCAAAGUUCUUAAUGACAUGGUUUUAGAGGGAACUAUAAAUGAAGAUCAAUUGAAUAGUUACAACAAUCCCAAUUAUUAUCCGUCUCCUCAUGAAGUGAAAUUAGAAAUUCUGAACGAAGGAUCAUUUGAAAUCAAACAUUUGGAGGUGUCAGAAGUAGAUGUAAAUGCUUUGAACAAUCAUAGUCCUUAUACAUUUACGCAAUCCAUGAGGGCUGUGUUUGAACCUGUGUUUGUUAGCCAUUUUGGCGAAGCCAUCAUUGAAGAUGCUUUUAACCGCUAUCAAGAAAUCGUGACAGAUAUAAUGGCCAAGGAAAUAAUAAAGACGACUUAUUUUACCUUGUCAUUGACUAGGAAAUCAUAA